AUGGAAGAAAAACUAAAUCAUAAAGCCUUUCAAUCGAAAGGGAAUGUACAUGAAUGUAAAAUAUGUGCUAAAAAAUGCAGUACUAAAUUCAAUUUAAGCCGACAUUCAAUUAUUCAUACACAUGAGAAACCGAAUUUGUGCGAGAUUUGUGGUAAAGCAUUUAAACAAAAAAGAACUUUGGAAGCGCAUUUGCUCAUUCAUGCAGGAGAAAAAUCUUUUGCCUGUGAUGUAUGUGGUAAAUCUUUCAUUCAAAAAAGUAAUUUAAAAACUCAUUUGCGUACUCAUACUGAUGAAAAACCUUAUAUCUGUGACUUCUGUGGCAAAGCAUUUUCUGACAGAAGCAGUUUUAAAAGACAUCUACGAAUUCAUACGGAAGAGAAACCUCAUAUCUGUGAUGUAUGUGGUAAAACUUUUACACAGAGAGGUCAUUUACAAAGACAUUUACGUAUUCAUACAAAAGAAAAGCCUUAUGCCUGCGAAGUCUGUGGCAAAACGUUUGCGCAUAGUAACCAUUUACAAGAACAUUUACGUAUUCAUACAAAAGAAAAACCUUAUAUCUGUGACUUCUGUGAACAUUUACAUAUUCAUACAAAAGAAAAACCCUAUACCUGCGAAAUUUGUGGCAAAUCGUUUUCGUGGAGAAGUUCUUUAAAUAUGCAUUUACGUAUUCAUACAAAAGAAAAACCCUAUAACUGCGAAGUUUGUGCCAAAUCGUUUUCGCGCAGAAGUUCUGUAAUAAGACAUUCAAGUACUCAUACAAAAGAAAAACCCUAUACCUGCGAAGUUUGUGGUAAAUCGUUUUCGCACAGAUUUAAUUUAAAAAGACAUUUCAGUACUCAUAGAAAUGAAAAUCCGUAAUCCUGCGAAGUCCGUUAAGAAACUUUUUAUGAUAAUAGCAAUCUAAAAAUCCAUUUAUAUAUUCCUUCAACAGGAAACUCAAUAAUGUCUUGGAAUGAGUAGUAACGAAUUUAGUGUAAAAAUAGAUUAUGGACACUUACAUAACUCAUUUUAAUUAAAAACUCACAUAAAAGAAAAUUAAGGAAUUCCCUUAAAAGAAAAACUUUGCAUCGAAUUGUAGAAAUUUCCUUAGAAUUAAGAACUUAUA